UUUCAACUUUGAAUCUCAAUCGCUAAGCGCGCGCUAAUAAUAACGAAACCGACGUGAGCUGUAAGGAAAUCGGCCAUCAGUGAAUCAGUUUCAUCGCGUAAAUUAAACCAAUCAAGACGUGUGAGAGAAGUAGAGAAGAGAAAUCAAACCGUACGACGAACCGCGUGAUGAUUCGGCAAAAUAAAAUUUUCUACAUUUUUCCGUGGAAAUAAUAAUUUCGACAUUUUCACAUAUGUGCGAACACGCUACUGGUUUAACACGCAUAGAUAACCGGAAUCAAAAGAAAGAAAAAAAAGACAGUGACGCAUCGCACACACAUUUCGAGGAAAUGAAAUAUCGAUAGAUAUCAUUCGUGAAUUAUGACUAUAUUAUGAAAAAAUCCAAUUAUUAAGCGGAAAUUUGCAGGUGCUGUUAGUUUAAAUUAUAUAGAAGCGUCGAAAGGUAAACGAGCAGCGAGUGAGAUAGAGGGAGAGAGAGAGAGAGACACUCGAAUUAGUGAUAAAUCGGCAGUUGCAUUGUGUGUUGAUAGUGACGGUGCAUUUGCAUAUAUGCAAACAGUAAAAUAAUUGAAAAUCCAAUCACUUGUGCCACAGACAUCGGGACGAGAUGACGGCGGCAACGGUGGAAAAUGAUAAGAAUGUGACCAAUGACAAAAAAACCACAGACAACGCGUCGUCAGACGAUAGUUCAUUGUUAGAAUUGGAAAUGCUGCCAUCGACAGCUGACUCAUCGAUCCAUGCAGCUAACGAAGUGGCGGCACGAUUACGUGUAGACAUUCGAACCGGUUUAACAUGGUCAGAGGCCAAGUAUCGCGCUAAAAUCAUCGGAUACAAUGAAUUACAUGCCGACGAAGAUGAACCAGCCUGGAAGAAAUACGUUGAUCAAUUUAAAAAUCCACUUAUUUUACUGCUAUUGGGUUCGGCACUAGUCAGUAUAUUUAUGAGACAAUUUGAUGAUGCGGCCAGCAUUACGAUAGCUAUAAUCAUUGUAGUCACAGUUGCAUUCAUUCAGGAAUAUCGAUCGGAGAAAAGUUUGGAAGAAUUGAAAAAGUUGGUGCCACCAGAAUGUCGAUGUUGGCGAGAGAAUCGUGUGGAGUCAUUUUUGGCUCGCGAAUUGGUGCCGGGUGAUAUAGUUCUGUUAAAUGUUGGUGAUCGUGUGCCUGCCGAUUGUCGUUUGUUCGAAACGAUUGAUUUGGCAAUCGAUGAAUCCAGUUUUACGGGUGAAACAGAGCCAGCAUCAAAAACGUCGGAGGUUAUGUUCAAUUCGUCGCUCAACAACAGUACGAACGGAACGAAUGGCAUCACAAAAGAUCACACCAGAAUGCGAAACAUUGCAUUCAUGGGUACGUUGGUGCGAUGUGGCAGCGGAAAGGGUAUCGUUGUUAGCACCGGCGAGCGCAGUGAAUUCGGUGAAGUGUUCAAAAUGAUGCAAGCCGAAGAGGCACCAAAGACUCCAUUACAAAAAUCCAUGGACAUUUUGGGUGCACAGCUUAGUUUCUAUUCAUUUUGCAUCAUUGGCAUAAUCAUGUUCCUCGGUUGGCUACAGAAUCGUGCUGUUGUCGAAAUGUUCACGAUUGGUGUGAGUUUGGCGGUUGCUGCUAUUCCCGAGGGAUUGCCAAUUGUUGUUACCGUUACCCUAGCAUUGGGUGUGAUGCGAAUGGCCAAGCGAAAUUGUAUUGUUAAGAAGUUGCCAACAGUCGAAACGCUGGGCUGUGUCAAUGUCAUCUGCUCCGAUAAAACCGGUACAAUCACAAAGAACGAAAUGACCGUAACGGUAAUCAUCACAUCGGACGGGUAUAUGGCAGAUGUUACUGGUGCCGGUUACAAUGAUCAAGGUGAAAUUCAUAUUCGUGAAUGCAACAGCACCGAAAUGGCAAAGGAGAGCAUUACAAAUUUACUGGAAGUGGGAACGGUGUGCAAUAAUGCAAUCAUUCAAGAGGAAGCAUUACUUGGUCAACCGACCGAAGGUGCACUAUUGGCAGCUGGCAUGAAAUGUGGCCUCUAUGCCGCAUCCGAUAAAUACAUUCGCUUGCAAGAGUAUCCAUUUAGUUCGGAGCAAAAAGUGAUGGCUGUUCGUGUGGCGCCCAAAUACAGUAAUAACAAAGAGGAGAUUUUCUUCGUGAAAGGUGCUUUAGAAAUGGUAUUGCCACAAUGCACACGCUACAAGUUCGGUGGCCAAAUUGUGCCGUUGACCAAACAAAUUGAAUCGGAAUUUUUGACCGAAGCCUAUGAAGUCGGUCGAAAGGGUUUGCGUGUAUUGGCACUGGCCAAAGGUAAAUCACUACAGGAUUUAGUGUACUUAGGUGUUGUUGGUAUUACGGAUCCGCCGCGACCAUUGGUCCGCGAAUCCAUUGAAAUUUUACGCCAAAGUGGUGUCAGCGUUAAAAUGGUUACGGGUGAUUCACAAGAAACGGCUGUUUCCGUGGCCAAUCUCAUCGGUUUGGAUACCGUGCACCAUAUCAUUUUGUCCGGCACCGAUUUGGAUCAAAUGAACGAUGUCCAGCUGGAAAAGUGCAUUAGCAGCGUGAGCAUCUUUUAUCGCGUCACACCGAAGCAUAAAUUGCAAAUAGUCAAAGCGUUGCAACGCAAUGGCAAUAUUGUUGGUAUGACGGGUGACGGUGUAAACGAUGGCGUUGCCUUGAAACGGGCCGACAUCGGCAUUGCAAUGGGCAAAAAUGGCACGGAUGUGUGUAAAGAAGCCGCUGACAUGAUUCUCGUUGAUGAUGAUUUUCACACGAUCAUUGCUGCAAUUGAAGAGGGCAAAGCAAUUUUCCAUAACAUUCGAAAUUUCGUACGGUUUCAAUUGAGUACAUCAAUCGCUGCGCUGUCAUUGAUCGCAUUAUCCACAUUGAUGGGCAUUCCAAAUCCAUUGAAUGCCAUGCAAAUUCUCUGGAUCAAUAUUAUUAUGGAUGGACCGCCAGCUCAAUCGCUUGGUGUGGAAGCCGUGGAUCAAGAUGUGUUGCGUCAACGUCCUCGCAAUGUUAAACAGCCGAUGAUAACCAAAUCAGUCAUAAUAAAUGUGUUGUUAUCCGCUAGCAUCAUAAUAUUGGGCACGCUUUGGGUGUUUCAACGUGAAAUGCUGGAUGGUUCUGAGGGCCGAACAAAGCGUGAUACAACGAUGACAUUCACCUGUUUCGUAUUGUUCGAUAUGUUCAAUGCGCUGAGUUGUCGUUCGCAAACGAAAAGCAUCUUUAAAAUUGGUCUGCUGACCAAUAAGAUGUUCUUGUUAGCCGUUGGCUUUUCACUCAUCGGUCAACUGCUCGUGAUCUAUUUUCCACCGCUACAAAUGGUAUUCCAAACGGAAGCAUUGACCGCAUACGAUCUACUAUUUUUGGUGACCCUCACAUCGUCCGUGUUCAUUGUGUCCGAGGUGAAGAAAUGGUUUGAACGCACAAUGGAGCAACGCAUGUACAAAACCAAAACAGAUAUGGAUUUCGUAUGACAAUUAGCGGGUGGUGUUGACAAAAACCAAUGAUGUGAUCUAUGAGAAUAGCGCGCGCAGAUGGUUCCGCAUCCUAUCGGAAUCGCAUAAACGUUUGUAAAUUGAGUGAGUAAUCGAGAAAAAAAAAACACAACGAUCGGAGAGAGAAAAAAGCAACAACAACAAUUUCCGAAUCCAAACAAAAAUAUCGAUUCGAUUUGAUUAUUUUUGUUCGAUCAGAGACGAAGCAUUGCAAUAGGCACAAGAACAAAAAGAAAAACGAAAAAAACAGUUUAUAUCAGGCUUGCAGUACCCACCCUCAAGAAUAUUCAAAUACUUCUACAUAUAAUGCUUUUUUCCACCCAUAUUGUUUUUUUUUCUUCAAAAACCCAUUCCGAUUUUAUCUGUGCGUUAGUUCUCUUGCGUUUAGUUUAGUUUAUGAAGCGUUUUAAAUUAAAAUUUCUUUGCCUCUCUAUUGAAUUACGUUAAAAAAACGACCGGCGAAAGGAAACGAUUCGAACAACAUCCGAGAAAGCGAUUAAUGGUCAUUUAACAUCCAGAUCGUGACCACGAAAGAUCAAAAGAUAAACUAAGCAAACUUCAUCAUUUAUGUCGACAUCUACCCACCAAGUGAUUUGUGUUACUCUUUUCUAUGCAAAAGCCACACAAUUUAUUUAUUUUUUUUUCGCUGGAUUUCAAUCUUACUUUUGGAAUUCACAACUAUUUUUAAUCUCGUGUUUGUGUUCGUGUGUUUUGUUGUUUUUUGGUUGCCCCUAUUUUAACCAUUUUAACACACACAUACACACAUCUAUUUUGUUUGCUCGCAUAUUAUUUCGAUUUUUCCUCAAAUCUGUUUGCAAUGUAUUUCUUUAUCUACCUUAGAUUUAGUUUACAACGAAUAAAAAUCAAUAAAUGUGCACAGCUCAACACAUCCGUUUCCAGCCAGUUGCACACGCUUACACCAUUUUUUUCUUCUCUAAAUACAUAGAAAUUAUGGCGCACAUCGUUUCAACCACCCCAAGAAAGACUCGAACAAAUAUUUGAGAGAAAUAAUAAUGCAUUUCGCCCUCUUUCACGCUCUUGCCAACAACAAGAGAUGAAAAUCUAGCAAAAAUUUUAUUACAAUUAACACAAACUAACACACGAUUUAAUUGAUGUCUAAUCACGUUUUUAUUUUUCGUUUGCUUUUUCGUUGGUUUCGUUUUCGAGUAUGUUUGUUUGAAGAAAAAAAUUUCGUUACGAUAUUAUUUAUUUUUCGAAUGUUAUGAUUCAGUAUUUAUCUAGGGGACUCACGCCAAUUUCCAUAUUUAAAAUAUGAACAAAUAAUAUGAAUUUGUUUAUGUUUCAACAUAUUAAACAGAUAUGUAUGCAUAAUUUCAAUUUUGCUCAAUUUUGUUCAAUAAACCGACUGUCAGCAGAACCAUGUCCAAUCUGUUGUCGUCAUUAUCGCUUCAAAAAUUCUGGAAAUGGGUUUUGGUGGAUCCUGUGGAUUGUUCAAAACCGCUCCUGGUUCUGGAAGUGGAUCCUCAGGAUGGGCCAGGGCAUUGUCAAACCCAGUCUGAUCCAUCCUGAAGAUCCACCAAAACCCACUUCCAGAACAUAUUGUUCAAGGUGAAUAUGAACAAUAACAACGCAUUCGGGAAAUAAUACAAAAUAUUUGAAAUCUAGCGUGAAUUUUACAUGAUUUAAAUAAUACAAAUAGAUUUUGCUAAAUAAAAUUUGGCAUGAAUCCCCUAGGUAUUUAUUUAUUCGCUGCAAGUUGCAUUAAAUCCAUUAACGCACAUUAAUUCUUGAGUUGUUUUUGUUGUGCCGUUUUUCUUUUCCUUUUUAAUUCGCUCGUGAUUUUUUUCUUCUUCGCCCUUUCAGCUUCGCCACUCACUCACUCAAUUACACACAUACAUCCACCGUAAAUCUCUGCAACUCUAUUCCCAUGGGCUUCGCAUUUUUGUUAUUUAAAUUAUGUGUAUUUUUUUUUUACAUUAAGAAAGGGAAAAAAAAUCGAACAAAAAUGAAAAAAAAAAAAUUGAGAAGAAGAAGAAGAUGAAGAGCUGAGAAUUGAUUGAGAUAUUAAGUUAAAUAGAUAUUUUACGUGUAUUAUGUUCGCUGCACAUUAAAUAAGAGAACAUUGUCCAAAUUGCCUAGUUUUUUACGUCCACAAAACACGAAAGAAACACACAAAAAAAUAUGAUAAGAUGAUUCGGUCAAUGAAAGAAGAAUUAAAAAAAAAAAUUGAAACAAACAUUUCUUUCGGCCAACUUCAGUAGCAGUCAUCAUAUUUGGUUUGGCCCAUCCAAAACUCAAGGAUUACCAUAGAAACAAAUGAUUUAGUUUAAAACAGAAAUGGUUUUAUUUCAGAACAAAAUAGAAAUUUGAGGACGAAAAAUAUUUUAGUAAAUUUUGUGAUCCAGCCACAAUUGGCAAUCGAUCACCAAGAAGAUGAUGAAGAAAAAGAAAUAAAUAUCAACUUUCAGUUUCAAUUUGCGCUCGGUUUGAAACAGAUUUCUUGCUUUUGUUUAUAGCUUUUGCAUUUUAAAUUUUUUUUCUUCUUUGUAUUAUAUUUUAUAGAAAAUGUUUAAUUGUUUUUUUUUUGCUCUUGUAAAGCUAUAGGAAUUUGUUUUUGUCUGUGAGAUUAUUAACCGCGCAAAUCAACAACAACAUACAAUGUCAAUGAUUUCUAAGCUGCUUUUUAUUACACACAUCAAAUAAUUGUUUUUUGAAGAAGAAUCAAUCAAACAACCAAUUAGUUUUUAAGACAUUUUUUGGUUUGUUUGCUUGCAACAACUUAGAAUUUAACUGAACGUGUCAGAUUGAAAGAUAUCAUUUUUUUUUGUGUAAGAUAAUAAAAGAAAAAGAAAACAUUAUGAGACAAUGAAAUAAAAAGAUUGUAUUUAUGUAACUUAAAAAAGAGAAAAAAGAUAUUUAUAAAAAAAACACACACACACAGAUCAUUGAAAUAAAUCAACUAUAUGUUUUUAAAUUUUA